UAGAUCUCACAAGAGAUUCAACACAUAGCAUAUCCACAAUAUCUAUAACGUGGCUAGGGUUUUUCCUUUUAUACUUGGAGUAAAAUAUAAAACCUUACAUGUCAAACCGGGCUUGGGCUGAGUUGGAAAAAUUUGUAGAAAAUUAAUCUGGACGAGGUUUGAUCGAUUGCAAAUACAUUUAGUUCCUAAAAUCUUAGAACCUAAAAUCUAGAAAACCAUUAAAUCUAACAAACAACUAAAAAAUAUUUAGUAAUUAAUACCCACUAGAUAAGAUGAGGUCAAAAGAUUAGUUCAACCCAAGCAUACUUAGUUAUAUGGGUCACACCGUUGACUAUUAAACAUUCCCUAAUGAGGACAGAGUCAAGAUAUAUACAUGGGUCCUUCAAUCAUUUCAAUGUUAAAUAUACAUACUAUGAACGUAAGGUUAAUUUGGGGCUUGGAAAAAGCAACACAAAAACUGCACAAUGGCAUUGAAGUGGUCCAAUUUGAUUGCUUUUGAAAUUGUGUACAGACUAUUAGUGUUUAAAGAAAGGUUUAGCCAUUAAACAAGAAAUUGAGAGCGGUUGAAGAAUGACCAAGUCUUAUAUGCUCUGUUUGCGAAAAACUUAGACAGGUUCACUGACUGCUCUCUAUAAAUAGAUAUAUUCCCCAUAUGCUAUAUCCCCAUCCCUCACCUAAGCAAGAAAAAUACUACACAAUAAGAUAAAGAACAUAAAAAAAUAUGAUGAAAGUUGUAAUUGUGGCCAUUUUGGCUUUGGCAACCACCCUUGUUUCAGCUUAUGACCCUAGUCCAUUGCAAGACUUUUGUGUCGCAAUUAACAACACCGAUUUCGCUGUAUUUGUGAAUGGAAAAUUUUGUAAGGACCCAGCGACUGUCACAGCCAACGAUUUUUUCUUUCCUGGACUCAAUAUUCCUAAAAACACAGCUGCAAGUAAACUCGGAUCAAGUGUCAAUCUUGUGAAUGUCGAUAAAUUACCAGGUCUCAACACUCUAGGCAUAUCUUUGGCUCGUCUCGACUUUGCACCAUAUGGCCUGAAUCCUCCUCACACUCACCCUCGUGGCACUGAGCUUUUGGUAGUCAUGGAGGGUACUCUCUUAGUUGGAUUUGUCACAUCCAACCCAAACAAACUCUUCACCAAAGUUCUAAACAAGGGAGACGUCUUUGUAUUCCCAAUUGGUCUUAUUCACUUCCAAUUCAACAUUAGGCAGACCAGUGCUGUUGCCUUUGCUGGUCUCAGCAGUCAAAAUCCUGGGUUGAUCACCAUAGCAAACGCAGUCUUUGGGUCUAGUCCUCCAAUCAAUCCUGAUGUUCUCGCCAAAGCCUUCCAGUUGGACAAGAAUGUAGUUGAUUAUCUUCAAAAACAAUUCUAAGUCAACUACAAUUUAAGAAAAUAUUUGUAAUAGGAAUAAUUUACCGCUAUAUAGUUUGAAUAAAGUUUACAUUGUUUCCCUUGAUGUAAUGCCAUAGAAAUAAUUAUUUUCAAAUAAAAUGAUUUAUGAUUA